AUUUUGGUCUGAUUGCUGAACAUGGGCCAGAUUUUAUCGGUCUGGUAGUGAAACAUUACUUUUUCUGUGCAUAGCAUCCAGCAUUCUGGAUCAGUCAUAAUAAUUCAUAAUAAACAAAUUACAAAAACAACUACCUUCUUUCAUAACAAAUAAACAUCCCUCAAUUUGUCGAUACAACUACAGAUUUGAAGUGAAAGUUCUCUUACCUAUUCAUUGAUUGAUUGAAAAUUUUCAGAAAUUGCAGAGAUAUCCAAAAAAAAUAUUCAGCUAGUUUGAGUAUAGAAACUUACAAAAUGAACGAAUAUGCCUAUGAAGCAGGUAACAAUUUAGAUCAUAGUGUCCCGAAAGUAUGCCGCUUAUGCCUGAGUGAAGAAUUGCUUGAGAACCUCUAUGACCGGAUGGAUCUAUGUGCUUGGAUUUCAGAUCUUCUUUCGAUUAUGGUGUCUCAAAGCGACAACUUGUCCCCAUGGAUUUGUGUUCUCUGUCGGCUAAGGUUACAGGAUUUCUACGAGUAUCGUCUAAGCUGCAUGGAAGUCCAAGAGGUUUUAGAGAACGGAUUCAAUGUGAUCGAAGAUGAAAAUAAUUCUCUAUCUGAAGACCCCAACGACACUAGUUCGGAUAUUAUUCUCAUGACUCCAGUUUCCGAUACUUCGCAAGAGCAACCUAACGAGAAUAAAUUGCUGGUUUCGGAAACUAAACGUAUCUAUAAAGGAGGCUAUAAAGGACGACAUGAAACAUGUACUAUUUGCGGCAAAACAAUCCAAAGGUUGCGUUUAGAAGACCAUCUAAAUAUGCAUCUUGGUUUGAGACCGUAUGCUUGUCAACGAGGCUGCCAGGAACUGUUUUUUCCUUGCAAGUAUAAGCGCCAGGUGCAUUACCGAAAGGUACACGAUGGUUUCAAACACGAAUGCUUGAUCUGCGGCCGCACCUUCGGUUCUAGACAGGGUCUUUUCAGUCAUCAUAAGAGACAUCACACUAUAACCACGUAUGAAUGUAACAUUUGUCAUAAACAUUUUUCGUCAAGCUAUUUCAGAAACCAACACAAAACGAUGGUACAUGAAUCAACUAACUUUGGUUUACCUUCUGAUCAGCCACAUGAAAACUCUGAUAACACAAAUAAUGCAGGAUGUGAAGUAUAAUAAAAAAAAUUGUAAGCAGUGACCGUAUGUAAAAUGAAAGCAUUAUAUGUCUAUAAAUUAGCGCUAAAUUGACAAAA